UGUCGAUGCACCAUACUCGACCGUUUGGUAAUGAAAAGAAACAACCUGUUUAAAUAAAGAAUUAUGAAAAAUUUGAAAUACUUUAUAACGUACAUAUUUGAGAACAACAGAUUGCAUUUCUAUUUAGAUGCCACCUGUCGAAUUCUUCGUUAAUCUAUACAUCAUCCAGUACUGGCUUUACCAACUUACCCAAAGCAACCUCCUCUCAACGAAAAGCGAUUUGAUUUUUUGUAAAAUGCCACCAAAAGUAUCUCCUAAUAAGCCAUUAGGCGAACGCCUUCUUCCUCUUGUCAAAAAUACUCAAUUUUUUUGGUUUUUGGGUCAGUUUGCUGUCGUGCUGUUUAGCGCUAUUUAUACCUUGCAAGUGGUUCCUUUCCGUCAAGGUUCAUCAUGCAUAUUCAAGACCGGUAUUGCAGGAGCCGUCUUGGCAUAUUCCAUUGUCCUUUACAAGGUUUAUGGCUCUAGCAUCCUAUCUCGUUCCUCUUGGAAUACCCCGUUUUUACGCCGUAUAAUGACUGAUGAUAAUGUCUUAUAUUUUGUUUUGGCUUUAUCUUUGUUGUUGAACCGUCCUGUCUUGUUUGCCCUUACACCUUAUGCUAUUUAUGCUACGUUCCAUAUCUCUACCUACAUGCGUAGCAACCUCUUGCCAGCUAUUUCUCCCUCCGUCACAAGCGGUACUGAACCAAAGAAUUAUGUUUAUAAAGUAUCUCAACUCCUUAACAAGUACACUCGUACUCAAUUUCAACCAGCCAUGAAGCUUGUUGCCAACAUUGAAGCAUUCCUCUUAUUCCGUUACUUCUUUGGUUUCUUCUUGCGCUUGAACACCUUCUCUCAAUUUAUCUUCUAUGCCUUCUUCCUUCGUAUGCGUUACAACAGCAGCCAUUUCACUCGUGCUUCCUUCCGAGAUAUUGGUCUUCGUAUGGACCGUGUUGUCGCCGACCACCGCGUUCCUCCUCAAGCAAGAAACGCUUGGGCCCAACUUAAGCACUACCUCUCUAAAUUCGGCAAUGUACCCCUUACUCAAUCUCCCGCUUCCGGUGCUCGCCCUACCUCUGCAUCCACUUAAGUGAAUUUUUUUUUCAGUUAAAAAUAUCUUUACCCUAUUCAAGCUGUUACUGGUUCCCUUUGGCUUUCCAAUUGCUUAUUUCCACAGGGAGUUAUCGGGCUUUUUUUAAUCGAUAAACUUGUAUUAUGUCGUGUUUAGGACGAGCAAAAGUUUAUAAUCUGUACUAAGACUUUUAUUGAAUCCAAAACCUACCCUAUACCUUUUUAAUAAGUAAUUGUUUAUGAAUAGUAGUUUCCCUACCAA